AGUUCCCGCAAGGGACUCAUUUUCCCCUCCCCAAAGGGGGACAUGCGGUGGGCCAGUUCUGGAAGGGCAGUGAAGGAAGAGAGUGAGCCCUGCGUAUUAUCCCUGUCACUCCCUCCUGGGUUCUCUCAAAGAAGAGAGCCUCGCUCAGGGAAAAGCCCUUCGAGGCGCGGAACCUUUCUGCCGCUUGUCCUUGUUCCCGCCCGGAACGACCUGGUCCCUUCUGGUUUCGGUCGCUAUGGCGCUGGCGCCGCUGGGUUCGUUCCUGGUGGCGCUGCUUGCGCUGGUGUGGCUGGGCUCGCGCUGGCUGCGACGACGCGGCGCGGGUUGGGGACACCGAACCCUGUGUGCGGCGGAACCAGCGCGGGCCGAUGACGUACGAGCCCUGGUCGUGACGGCGCACCCUGAUGACGAAGCAAUGUUCUUUGCUCCCACAAUCCUCAGCCUGGGCAGGUUUCGGGCCCAGCUCUGGCUGCUGUGCUGCUCUUCAGGAAAUUACUACAAUCAAGGGGAGAUUCGUAAGAAAGAACUUGUACAGAGUUGUGCUGUUUUGGGGAUCCCUUCUUCCAAUGUAACAGUUAUUGACCACAGGGACCUUCCAGAUGAUCCAGCUGUUGAAUGGGACACACAUCUCCUCUCUACCUUUGUGCUAGAGCACAUAGAAACCAACCACAUCAACCUGCUGAUAACCUUUGAUGCGGGAGGAGUGAGCGGCCACGCUAACCACAUCGCCCUUUACACAGCUCUAAGCUCUGAGAGUCCGAAGGAGGAAUGGCUGAGGCCUGAACGUUUUCCUUCUGGUGCCAGGAGCUCAUGUUGCAGUCCCUCCUUUCAGAGUCAAGGUUGUUCUGUAUUGUGUACCUGCAGUCAGAGGGGAAGUUACCUGAAGGUCAGAGCCUGCAGCAAUGUGAACUGAUGUGACACUUCUGUGAAUACUCCAGAUCACAUAUCUGGUGUCACUCUCUAUUCUAGCACCAUUGGGUCAGGAUGGAAACCUGCUGUUGCCCUCUGACCCGCCAGCCCUGUCCCCUUGCAGCUGCAGAAGGUAAUGCUGAAAGCCAUCCCUGCUCUGUCAAGCCUCCCAGUGACUAACCCCUCAGGAGCAAUCCAGCUGCAAACCCUUCCAGAAAGAAGACUGGGAGAGGUUAGUGCUGAUCUAGUUAGAUUGUGUUGGCUAAGCUUUGGCCAUAAUCUAAGCAAAAAUCAUCUAAUAACCAGUGACUAAUGCAAAAGCAGGAACAAUUACGAUUAUGAUUAUGGAGUGGAAAGGUGGGGAAAAUCCCUUCACCUUUCUUUUGGAGGGAGGAAGACGGAUUGAGGGGCCUGGAGGCGGUGCUGGAAGGGGAGGUUUCCAGAAAACGUACAAUGUUCUUUCACUGAUGGCCUCUGAUGAAAUAAAAGCAAAGCUAGAAAGUGGGUUGGUGCCACUCCUAGGAAUAGGCAAGGGGCAAGCAUAGGCUAGAGAAAGUUGGAGGUCUUGCCCUGUCUCCAUUCUUUGUUCCUCGGCCCAGAAUAUUCCACAGCUUCCUUCUAAAUGUCUUAUCAGCAUGCUGCUCCCCUCAUUCUACACCUCGGAGACCUCUGUGUGGCUUCUCCUCCUGCCUCUCUCCAGAAAUUCCACAGAUAGCUCGCUCAGUGUAUGAACAAGAGCUCUUGCUUUCCCACCCUGGACAUGAGCCACUUUUGCACUAGAAUGAUGGGUUUUAGUGAAACUAACUUGUGCUUGAUCCUAUGAAAUCAGUGGGAGUCAGUGUUCUGCACCCCUAGCACCGGCCCUUAGUAAGUAAUGUGUGUCUGUCUAGAGAACUCACACCACAAAGGCAGCACCCCAAACUCCCAGCUACUUUAUUGGGCACAGAAUGACGAAUGCACGUUCCCUAGGGACUUUUAGGAGGAGGGUCUCUCUUCUCUCCUUGUCUUGGAGUCAGUCAAACCUCAGCUAACUUCUUCCCUCAGAGAACAGAGAGCCACUCCUGGAUUUCAGCAUCAUGUCCCAUUUGUCUGAGAACCAUCAAGUUGCUUCAUGUUCACUUUGUGAUCCUUGUGCCCUGUGAGAACAUAAUGACAACAGAGAAGGACCUCAGGCCCCAACUGAAGCUGUAUUAGAUGUGUGAUCUCAGGUUCUCCUGGAGUUAAAAUGAUACAGAUGUUGAGACAGUUCAGGCCUCCCUUUGCACCCUCCCUUCAGAGUUUCAUUCAGAUUGUAGAGGCAUGCUGCAGUGCAUCUGAUUGCAGAUCCUACUAUGUCUAUACAAUGUGACUGUUCUCAUCUGUCAAACUCAAAAUAAUGCCUAAAGUAAUGCACGUCAUAACUUCAGCUUCUGAAGUGUCAGGAAAUCUCAAGGUACUUUUCCAAAGAGCUACAUUUCCUGAAUGGGACCAUCAGCUGAGCUCAUCAAUAAAUACAAUUUAGCCAUGAAAGAAAAUUAGCAAUUAACUUUUGAGUUCAAAGGUUUCUUAGAAUCAGGGGAAAUAUAUGAACCAUAGCUGAAUCUGUUCUGCAUGCUCCUUUCACCCCCUGCAUGACAAACAUCCAGGUGAUGGGUUUUGAGCUCCUAUUAACAUGUAAUCACCUGCCUGUGUUAAUAUCUCAUGCAGUCAUUCCUGGACCCUGAAAACACUCAUUUAUGUAGCAAAGCAUGUUGAAAAUUGGACUAGACGGACAGUCAAAUGAAGCGAGGGCUGCUUGUUUAACUACCUUCAAAUGAUACAGUGUUGGCAUUCAAAGGUCCUUCCCAUGCAUUUCAGUGGGAACAGGACUGGGCCCAAAUAAGCUCAGAAAUAAUUUAGAUUGUCAUAAAAAGGCAUCCACCCUUUAAACCCAGGUUUCCUUCUUGGGAAUCUAAGUUUGCUCUCAGCAGAAUAGCUAAGAAGCAAACAGAAUUGAAUAGAAAUUCACAUGGCACAAAAGUAGGUUCUGACAGAAUUUGAACUCCUGGUGGGCUGUCACACAGGAGGCUGGGGGCUUUGCCUACCCUCGUGAUGCUGUGAGCUUGUAAUCAUCUUGUUGUCUUGCACUCUUUCUCCUGUUGCUCU